UGCCUCAGGCAGUUGCAUCUACCGAGCCGUGCCCCUCCAAACUCUCAACGUGUCCUCAAGAGAUAAAGAGGGCCUGCCCGCUCCUACCAAGUUGACCUUUCCAUUCCCAAACCGACAAGCACCCAGCAAUUAAGGUCGCUAAUACAGAGUGAACACCUGUCCUCUUCCUCUUGAAGCUCCUUUCCACAUCGUCAUCACCAUCACCUGACCUGACUCAUAGUUGAUCAAGGCAGACGUAAUCAAAGUCUAGUCACUGACUCACACUUUGGCCAAGUCUUGUGAUGGUGGAACAUCGCUGCCUGCGCCUCAUACAUCUCUAAUAACAGCUACUUAUCCCCAUAAUAUCCGUUGCUGUAUCUGAAUUUCAGACCCAAUUCCAGAUUCUCCAUCCAAACAAACCACACACCUAAUCACACACAAACAAACACAAACAUGGAGCAACAAGGGUCACCAGCUUCCCAAUUCUUCCAGUCUCCAGCCGAGUCUCUCAUGUCAGCUCCUGAAGAUGCCUACACAUCACUCUUCGCCGCUACCACCCCUAGCGCAGCUUCAACAGUGAACCCCAUGGACAUGUUGACACCAAAGUCCUACAACGAUGACUCUCUACUACCGAUGAUCAAGCAGGAGGAGGGCGUUGCAUCAACACCAAGCCCUUCUCCAGCCCCUGAGAAGAAGACCACCAAGAAGAGAAAGUCAUGGGGCCAAGUCCUUCCCGAGCCCAAGACAAACCUCCCUCCUAGAAAGCGAGCCAAGACCGCUGAUGAAAAGGAGCAACGCCGAGUUGAACGCGUUCUACGGAACCGCCGCGCGGCCCAGUCCUCUCGUGAACGCAAGAGGCAGGAGGUUGAGCAGCUCGAGAAGAGGAACAAGGACCUCGAGGCUGCCAUUCAACAGGCUGAGCAGAUGAACGCCCGGCUCAUGGAUGAGCUUGCACAGAUGCGAAAGGCGAAUGGUCUUCCCCCUCUGUCACAGGAGCUCUUCAGCCCCCAAACAACACACCAGCCAACGGAGACCACGGUGUCUCCCAACGCCACCGUCGACCCCAUGGCACUAUCCCCCUGCCUAUCACCCGUCCCCGAAGAAUCUGAAGAGAUCCUCCAACAGGAGCCGGCCAAAGAGACAAUCCUGGAACAGUCUGAAAACACUUCUCCCGACCUGACACAACGUCCUGCUGCGAUGUUGUCCGACCUGCAGUGUCACAUGUCGGCGGAGGUGUCGAAGAUGUUCCAGUCCCAGUCACCCACAACCUUGACUCAGCCAACAUUGGCCUGGCUCCUGCCACUUCAGAUGACACUCUUUUCAGCUGCGGUGGUUCUGAAUUUCUGUCAACGUCCCUUGACACAGAUCGCUAUCUCAUUGAAAGCGGGCAUCUCUCUUCACCCUUCUCCUCAGCUACUGACGAGCCUUAUCUGGACUUUGACACGUCCCCGUUCAAUCUCGACAACAGCUUCAACGACGAAUUGUACAACACCUUCAUCAACGACACCGACAACGGCAUCACGGCAGAGCUCCAGAAGCCAACCGACGACGCCGCUGCGAUCCUCAGCGACGAGUUCCGCUUCUACGAACUUGAGAAUCAAGUCUCUUCGGAAAAUCCUAUCCAGCAGCCCCUCCCUGGCGCGUCCUCUAACGGAUGCGACGUUGGUGGCAUUGCGGUUGGUGUCUGAGGGACGCGAUGACAGGGUCGAGAAGUCGGAGCGCGAGACUGAGGAUUCGCGCGGCCAAGACGAGUUGGUAAGGUGUUUCUCCGAGAUUACUUUGCCGUCGCGUGAACUAUUGUUGACACUCCUCUGGGCCAUCCGCACAGAGGAGGCCCGAAUUCAGCGUGAAGCUGGCGAGGUCCUCGACCCUGAGACUCGCUCCCCACUACGUGUAGAUCAACCAAGCAAGAAGGCUGCUUUGUCAGUGAUAUUGGAGGAAGAGAACAAUCGGGUACAGACAUUAUGAGAGUUAUAUCCAUGAUGAUCUACCGUAAUGUGAUAAUGUUUUGAUUUGGGAAAAAAACGGUGCAAGGCGCAAAGGAUCAAUGUCCCAGGGGGGACUGGCAAUAAAGCCCAUCAGUUAAAUCUUUUGUGUAACAAUACAACGAACGCUCAAAGAAGCGUAUGACCAACACUAUCUGUUCUAUUCCCGUGAUAAUUGCCUUUGCCUUGAAUGCCGACUUGGCUGUUGCCUCAGUUUGUGAUACUCAUUAAAACGAUAUUGACAC